UUUAGUUCGUGUCUCAAUUUUAAUGAACGAGCUAAUGGUGGCAAUUCUUACACUGUGUCGAGCAUUUUUGUAUUCGUUUAUCAAUCGUGAGUAGUAGCGUACCCUAGCCGGCAUAUUUAUUGUUCACAAGCUGAUCACAACUCUUCUAGAAGAGUCGGAUUGUAAGUGGAACGUUCUUUUGAGCACGGGAGAAGGGUGACGCCCAGAAUAUCUAGUCUGUGUGCACCAUCUCGGGUGACGCCGGCCGUCUUGAGCGUUGGAGCCUUGAGACCUACAGAGGCCCUCAGGCAGACGCACAAGUAAGGUUGAAAGUUCAAUCGCUCUAGUACCUAGUGCAAUACAGACAGUUCACAGUUUAACAGUUUUUCUUAGUUUGUGUUGUGUUCGAGUCAAGAGUUAAAUAAGAAACUAAAACCGCUCUGAAACAAGCGAAAACAAAAAAAAGAAAGUUUUCAUUGUACCUGUGAAAGUUCAGUUGAGUAUAAAGUUCUAAAAGUAAACAAAAGUUUGAAACGUGGUAUAAAAAUGUUUGACAUGGAUCCGAUCGCGUGCAUAACGCCCUCAAGAGCGAAUACUGCAUGGGCUCUUUUUGAUACAGGCUAAGAUUCGUGGAACCAUGUCUGAUUCCGCAUCGGAGAGUUCAUCAUCGGAGGAUUAUAAUGGUCGCCGAAGUCGAAUUAUCACGCCGGACGGUUCAAUUCCGUCCCAAUUUUCACGACGCUCGUCUCAUUCACGUCCAAAAUCUCCAACCAGUUCCGUAUCAUCCAGAGGAAAGACAGUAUCUCCUCAACUGUCGGGACGGGAUUCUCCUAGAUCGUUGAGAACAGGCAUAGCAUCACCAAAGUCGUCGAGGUCAGGUCCAAUGUCGCCUAAAUCUCCAAAAUCGCCAAGCGAGCCUGACUCGCCAAGAUCAAAUCCAAGCUCAAUCAAAUCGGACCCUACAUCUUCAAAGUCUUAUCGUUCCCAUGGAAACUCAUUAGAUUCGCCACGUUCUGAUCAUUCGGGUCCAAUGACACCAAAAUCAUACGUGUCCGGUCCAGCUUCACCAAGAUCAAGAGACGUAUCACCGAAUUCACCAUCUUACAGAAACGUAGAAUCACGACGGGAACCUUCAAAAAGCCCGCAAUCAAAUCAUAGUUCGCCCAAGCAUCCACGAUCGGGUUACAAUAUCGGAAAACCCUUAAGCUCUGAACGAAAUUCACCCAACAUGUUUAAGUCAGGAUCGACAUUGUAUGAAAAUGAUAGGAAUUUCGACAAGCGCUCUACCUCUCGUUCACCUGUAACUAAGAAAAAUGCCUUCAACGAACUAGGAGGAGAACAAAUCUCGGAUGGGGAUAUUGAGGACGAACCUGAAGUCUCGUCCAAAGUCAAAUCGAUGCCUAUAACGCAUGGUGAAGACUUGUCUGACGUGUCUGAUUUAGAUAGUAUGGACGGCGUUGAUGAACCUGAUCCGGAACCACAAACUAAUUUUGAACCCGGUAGAGACAGAGACCGAGAUAGAGAGUCGCAACGUAGCGCAGAAGAAAAAAAAGAAAAUGAAGGAAAAAGUGCUCCUGCUAGCUUGGCGGAAGAAAGCGAACAACUGGAUUUCGAAGCUGAUGGACAGUGGAAGGACGAACGAGAAGAUGGUGAAACUGAUGUAUUAACGGCGAAAGAGUCUAAGGAAACGAAGAAGGAUUUCCGGACCGAGGCAGCAGAUAAAGAUAAGAGUAAAUGUAAAGAAUUAGGGGAGAUGAAUGAGAAGGAAGAGGGCGAAGAAGAUGGUGAAAAAGUCGAAUCUGAAUUAGAAGAAGGAGAGCUAAGCGAUGGAGAAGAUGCUCGACCUGAGGAAACAGAGCCAAGACCAGUGUGUCGUUUCUAUAACAGAGGUCAGUGCACGUGGGGCGUCAGCUGUAGAUUUUUGCAUCCAGGAGUUACUGACAAGGGUAACUAUACCAUGUUCGACAUGGUACGGCCGAUGGCCUAUCCACCACAUGCAUCCGGUCCACAUGAAUUCAGGCCGCACAUAGAGAGACCUAGUAUAGUUCGACCGUUGCACGUAUAUGGUGCUCCACCACACACACCUAAAGUCGAGGAAGUGCCAACUGAAUCUGCAUGGGAACGUGGACUGAGACACGCAAAAGAGAUGAUGCGCAAAGCCAACAAGCGCAAGGAAUCUGAUAUGGACUUCGAAGAAAAGAAAAUGAACCUGAGCCUAGGCCAAGACGAAUUGGAUCGUGAAGCCGGAUAUUACGUACGUCCUGCAACUCCAGAACCUCCUGUAGAACGAUGGCCAGCUCGAGAGGUACCACGUAGGGCACCGCUUCCUAGAGGAGGGACGCCUGAACGCUUCAUUGAGGAAACCGAAAGCUAUUAUCCGCCCUCAACAGCCCCGCCCGAAUAUUACAGGCGGGUGCACUACAAAGCAGAAAUUCGCCCUGGUGCCGACUACAGAGAACGCCUUGAUUAUCAUCCAGUGCCGAGAGGCGCACCACAUUCUGUCUCUCCUCCACCGCAUUCUCGUGAUCGUGAAAGAGAAAGGGAACGUGAGCGCGACAGAGAACAACGCGAGUACUAUGAAAAAUACGAGAAGAAACAUAAACGACCGUCGAGAGAGGUCAUAGUUGAACGCAUUCCACCAAAUAAGCCCUGGAGGGAAGAGGAACCACCGGUAGCUGAAAGAGGAAGAGGCGACGAAUGGGCGGAUCCCUGGAUGCGUAGAAAGUCUCCUAGUGCAGUACGGCGUAAUCCAACAUCUUCUAGAAGACCACGAAGACAGUCAUAUUCAUCGGGUUCUUCAUAUUCAUCUACCAGUUCUAGCCGUAGUUCGAGCCGAUCUAGCUACAGCUCUUAUGACUCCUUAUCCAGGUCCCGUUCUCCGUCCCCUCCUUCAAGAUCUCGGAUGAGCGCUAAAGGAAAAGCAGCUCCAAACUCGCCGCCAGGUCCAACACCCGCUAUAAUAUCUUCGGGUGUAGCACCUGGGUCGGCGACAGGAGCAGUGACUGUUCCUGCAGCUACUCAACGAGGGGCCAUGCUAAUGAAUCCACCUGCACCUUCUCCUCGUCCACCCAAGGGUUCCAUAUCCCCAACAACCGCCACUCUUCAUCGACGCGCUGGUCUCAAUCCUCCAGCACCAAGUCCGCUUUCUUCUCAUCACCGACAUCAUGAGAAAGGCAGAGAUAAGACGUCAAUUGUAGCAACUGCAGUAACCAAGGGCAUCAAAAAUCGAUCUAGAUCAAGAUCAUCGCGAAGCAGUUCAGGAUCGGAUACUAGCGGAAGCAGCAGCGAUACGACCGAGUCCAGCUAUUCUUCAUCAUCCACUGAAAGUCGCAGAAAGAAAGGAAUGUCACCGUCAGCGAUGCGCAAAGAAUCUAAGAGUAUUGACACUCUUAAAUUGAGUGACACGAAGCAACAAAUAAAACUUUCAUUAAAACCAUCAAAUAACGUGCCUGCAGUGAAGAAAGUCGACCGUAGUGCUGUGAUAGCUGGAAAGAAGAGAGCAGCGAUUGAUUCGCCACCGCAUGGAGCAGAAAGUAAAGCAAGUGUUGCCGCAGCAGCUGCUAAGGCUGCAAAGAAAGCAAGUUCUCGACGUGAAGAAUUACUUAAGCAGCUUAAAGCUGUCGAAGAUGCUAUCGCUCGCAAAAGGUCAAAAGUUUAAACAUGUACGAAAGGGCUCUGUAAAUGUGGUUUUCAUUGGCAUGGUGUCAUUUAUUACUACACCAUUAAAAUGUAACGCUACUGUGUGAAUUGUAUGUUGGACAUUUGAUACGCAACGUUUAACAUCAUAUCGGAUUUAAUUCGUUACGAUAUAUUCCUUUGAUAUAAAUGACAUUCGCUAUGUCCUUUUGUUUCUAUAACUUCAGAAAUAUUUCGAUGUUACAACACUUGUGUGAAAAGUUAAUGCACUUUUGACAAAAAUCAUAUGGUAUUUUGUUUCACGUCGAAUCAUAUUAAGGUUAAAAAAACUAUGGUGGCUUGGUUUUUCGCCUUUCAUUGACAGUGCCAAAUAAACUUGUUCAAUUGGCUCUACCAAUUUGUCAUGACUGUCAUCGUGAUAUAAGUUUAGCUAUAUAAACCUAUUCACCGGACAUUCAGGAUAUAAUUUUGUAAAUGGUUUAAACUUUUGUUAUCACAUCAUUGUUCAGUAAUGAAGAACUUUAUCACGUGUGAAAAAAAUUGAAAAAUGGGGAAAACGAGUAUAUCAUACCUUCGUUCAGUUAUUGCAAACUAAUGUAUCAUUUGCUAUAUAAGCUGAUUAUAAGAAAGUAUGUGAUCGACAGUUAACUCGUUACGAAAUAUACACGCAUGAAUGUUUAUGCCCAUUUCCGUUGCCUCAGAAUAAAAGAUAAAUCCAUUGAUAAGUUUCACGAAUCUACAUUAUAGUUUAGUAGAUAAUUUAAAUGUUAACAAUUGAACACAAUAAAGAAGGCGUAUGCAGUAGCAAAUAUUCAUACGUUCAGCGUCAAAUUUUCAAGAAUAUAUUUUAAAACAUUUA